ACAGCCCAUUCAAUCAAGCAAAAGUGUUGGGGAAACUAUAGCCCAAAGAGUUCGAGGGCUGGUAGAUAUGUUACCAGUAAUCCGCCAAGCUGCCAUUUUUCAAGUACAAAAGGCACAGAAUAGGCAAAAACAGCUUCACAAUAGAAAAAUUCAAAAUAUUACUGAGCUUGGAAUAGAAGAAAAAGUAUUAGUGUACCGUGCGUCCCGACAAUAUAAUCGUAGCGUAAAGCUUGAACUGAAAUGGUUAGGCUCAUACUACAUUCAUCAGGUUUUUGACUGGAAUGUUAUCAAGUUGCGCACAAUGGAAGGUCAAGUCGUAUCAACCCCAAUUAGUACUAGUCUAAUUAAAAAGUAUAGAGAUCGUCAAAGGGAUACCGAAGGAGGAAGAAUAUUAAAUUAA